AUGGCCUUUGCCUCCGGAGCACCGCCCUCUCUCCGCCUGCUGGUGUUCUCCAGACGCCGCGUCCUGUAUGUCGCUGUCGCCUUCGUCCUGACGCUGGUCGUCUACUUUUUGGCCCUUUCGGAUCGAGCGACGGGAUUCUGCGCUUCGUGUCUGCCCGCCUGGCGACCGAGUCCGUCAGCGCCGUCAGCAUCACCACCGGGCUCCGGAUCUGCGUCGCCCGAGCCGUUGACCUUACCCGACCUCGACACGUUGCCACCACCCCCACCGGGCCGCGAUGUCGGCUACUGCCGCCAGCACUUUUCCAGCGACUACCUGUCCGACUUGCGGGACCAUUCGAUCCAGUACUGCGAGGGUAAUGAGCAUGGGCCCGCGCAAUCUCGUCUGACAUGCUUCCAUGGGCACAUCCGGGACGACCACCAAGCGGACUCGUUUUGCAUUGCCUCGGGCGCCUCGUGGGAUGCGACCACGCAAAAGUUCCAACUGGGCUGCCCAGUGUGGCGGACACCCAACGAAAACGAGACGGCAGGCGGCCUGAUUCCGUUUACGGACCUGGCGCCGUACUGGUUCAACACGGGCCCCAAGACCAUUUUUAAGGAAUUCGUCUCCAUGACGGGGGCCGGCGCAGCGCACGCGUCCAAAGCUAGGGCGGCGGCAGACGGCAGCGGCACGCCGUCGUUUGUCCUCCUGGUCAAGCGCGAAGGGGCGGGCAACCUGUGGCACUGCCUGAUGGAGAUUUGGUCCAUGACGAUGACCAUGGACGUGCUGCGGAUGGCGCGACCAGACGACCGCGCCGCGCCGUUCUACGCGACGCCCAUGGACGUGGACAACACGCAUGUCGUGCUUCUCGACGACCACGGGCCGGGGCCGACGCUGGACCUCUGGCGCCUGUUCUCCCGCCACCCGCUGGCGACGCUCAAAGACAUGACGGCCGAUCCGGCCAAGGUGCCGGCGCCGCUGCUGCGUGACGGCGCGUCGCACGCGUCUUUGUCGUCGACCCACCUGGUGGUCCCCCUCCCCGGCGGCAGCAACCCGCUGUGGCACAACGACUGGGCCGUGCGCGACUGCCAGCCCGGCGACGCGCCGCUGCUGCACCUGUUUGUGCAGCGCGUCUUUGCGCACCUGGACGUGCCCCGCCUCGCGGGCCCCAAGACGGACCAGGACGGCGCCGAGCCGAUUGUCGUGACCUUUAUCGACCGGCGCGGCACCCGUCGCCUGCUGAACGGUGCGGCCCUGCUGGCGGCCCUGCCGGGGCGCUUCCCCGGCGACGCGGUGGUCGUCCAGUCCAUCGACAUGGCGACGCUGUCGCUGGCCGACCAGGUGCGGCUGGUGCAGGACACGGACGUGCUCGUGGGCGUGCACGGCGCGGGCCUGACGCACACCAUGUUUAUGCGGCGGGGCGCGGGCGCCGUCGUGGAGAUUCAGCCGACGGGGCUCGCGUACAAGGGCUUCCGCAACCUCGCGGCGAUGACGGGGCAGCACUACUUUAGUGCCGAGGCAGAGAUGGUGGCGCAGGGGGAUGGGGAGGACGAGCAUGAGGAUGGGGAGAAGGCAAAAGGAAAGGGCAGCCAGAGCACGGGUACUCGAAAGCCAAGGAAGCGUAACGAUCCGCCCAAAGUAUGGCAGGCCUCAAACGUCCGCAUGGAAGAAGACCGGUUCCUGGCAUUGAUGGACGUGGCCAUCAAGUCGGUCUACAACGAAGGCCUGCGCAACAAGCAUGUGGUAAAGUAG